AUGGCUGAAUUUGAAUAUGCUGACUCUACUCAGCCCUUUCCCUUGGUUUUGAAUGCUCCGAUUGAUGGGCUGGCGUAUUCUUGGUGUCCAACCAUGGACUUGGUAGCAUUUACCGCUAACAAUGGUAAGAACGUUUGGGUUCAUAGAAUGAAUGGGUACAGAGUAUGGGAUAUCAAGAUCAAUGAAGGUAGGGCGAAGGACUUGAUUUGGAAGCCAGACGGAAAGCAAUUUGCUGUGAUCACAAGUAAAAACCAAUGUCAUAUCUAUGAUUCAAAUACAGCUAGAUUAUUAUCCACAGUGGAUCAAUUCAAAGAGGGUUGUAAUUUCGGUCAAUGGAUGUUAUCAGAGAUUGAUGAAGGCUACCAUAAGUUUACAGAAUUGGUCGAUACCGAUGUGCUCAAAUCACUACCAAAAUUACCACCUUUACCAAACGCUACAAGUAAUAAUACAUUCAGCACUAAAGUCGCCAUUGAAGGAAUGAUCCAUCAGCCCAAUAAAAGUGGUGAGCUAGAUUUGUUUUUAUUAUUCUCAGAUAAGACACUAGACAUCACACUUCAUAACCUAUUUACUGCAGGUCCGAUAAACUUGAUAUCCAGCUCUAAUGACGAUGAUGAAGAAAUUGUUGGUCAUAUAGCUCAAGACAUUCAAUCUCAUUACAUUGUUACUUCUUCUUUCAGCACAAUGAAGCUAUACCUACGGCAAUUCAAGUUUUCAUUUGUCUCAGAGCUCAAUUUUUUACAAGAUAUUGCACUAUCAAUUUCAAAAAUCAUUGCACUAAGUGGUUACAUUAAUGAGAUUUUGAUAUUUCUAGCUCAAGAAAUUAAAACUUAUUUGGAUGCUAAUAGACGAUAUGUAGAGAUUUUGAAAGAAAGUUUGGAGAAAAUUGAUGAAACCGUGGGUGAUCAAUUAUAUGAUUCAUUGUUAACAGGUAUGAUGAGUGAAGAGUUGAAAGAUUGGUUGGAAAACACAAUAGGUGAGAGAGGUAUUGCUAGAUGGACAAAGAUUGGUGAUACUGCAUUUGACAACACUAGACGUACUGUUUUUUAUCAUUUGGUUCCUUCGUGUGAAAGAUUGAUUAUACUACUCAAUAAUAUCAAAGGUACCGCUAGUGCCUCAUUUUCUGGAGAUGAAGAUUUUAAGCCAGAUCUAAUUAGUGCAUGCAUUGAUUCUGUACAAAAAUUUAUGAAGCUCUUGUUUGAAUGCACCAUCAAGGUAAAUAAAGAACAAGCUCUAUUCAAUUCAUUUGUGGCUUGGAUCAAUUUUGUUUUGAGAGAAUUGAAAGAUGAGGAGCCAAAUACAAUCUACAAAACGUCAGAUGUUUCAGAGUUUAUCAAUUCACAUUUAGAAAGAUCAUCUUUAAUGAUGUUUAUUCCAAACAUGAGAAGACACUAUAAUGAAAUCAAGAUAACCUCGUCAGAUCUAUUUGAUUCAAUUAAAGGAUUUAUAAAGAAAUCCAUCAUUCCAAGUGAAAGAAAAAUUGAGUUAGGAAUGAUUACAGAAAAGCAAAAAUUAAUGUUUGAUCACGAAAGUCUUUACAUUUUAUCAUAUACAAACUGCACUUUAAAUAUACACAAGUUUAACACCAUAGCUGAUCAGUUGAAAUCCGUGCAUGUUUUGAUGGAUGAUGAUAUUUCUGAUAUCCAAGUUUCUGAUGGUGAUGAUGAGGUAUUUGUGGUUACUGGUGAUGAAGUUAUAAGCUUUGGGUUUUAUGACUUAUUUGGUUCAACGAAUCAAACAAGCUUCAAAAAAAGUGAUUUGAAGCUAUUGAAGAGUAAGAAUUUUGCUCCGUUAAAGCCCAAACAUAUUGCUAUCAAGAGUCAAAGAGACAUAUGGUGCAUAAUAUUUGACGAUUUGAAAAAAUGUUUGAUUUGUUCUUUGAAAAGCAAGCCAAAUACUUCAGCAGAUACUGAUGAUAUAGAUACUGAAACUAUGGUUUGA